AUGCGAGCAACACUGAAAAGCAUCGAGAAACGCUGCGAGAAAUCAGACCAAGACAUAUUCAUUGCUCCAGUAAUACUUAAUCCUCUCUACAAGGCAUCUCCAUUCAGCUCCAGUGUCAAGUUCAUGACAGCAACAGGAGUCUGGGAGCUCUGUAGUCGGCUGUGGAUGCGCUUUUACAAAGAAGAGGCCCCGAUUCAGCUCUACCGUGAGCUUGUGAGUUAUCUCAGUAACCAAGACCGGUAUGGAAAGCUCCCAGAUCACAUUCGGCGUGAAACUGCAUUAGCAGCUAGCGAAAACAAGUCUGUCAACCCAAUGAGCAUCUACAUUGCAAUGACCAACUUAGUCAACCCACUCCCAACACCUCUUGAACGUCUUGCAAGACAUCAACUCACUGUCUCAGCCAACUCAGCCUCUUGCGAGAGACUUUUCAGUGCCUUUGGGCUUAUCCUCACCCGGCUUCGCUCUCGAAUGAGUAUCAAAUCAAUGACUGAUCUUGCUGAGCUCUGA